GCGGCAGCUGCGCUUCUAGGAGUGGUACACGACGACAAGGAGGAGGGAGAGAAGAAGUACUAGUUGCCAACAUGGCGUUUACUCUGUAUACUCUUAUCCAAACCGCUAUUCUGUGCACUAAUGCAAUUGCUGUGUUACACGAGGAGAGGUUUCUCAGCAAGAUUGGCUGGGGUGUGGAACAGGGAGUUGGAGGUUUUGGGGACGACCCGGGAAUCAAAGCUCAGAUACUGAAUCUCAUCCGUUCAGUUCGGACCAUCAUGAGAGUGCCUUUGAUAAUGGUGAACUCUGCCUGCAUCGUCCUGUUGCUGCUGUUUGGUUGAUGACUGGUUGGCGGUGCACUGAGACAAGGGACUAGAAGCAUGCCACGGAACAACCUCCUGCUCACAAGCACAAAAAAGACUAAAAGCAUUUAAUUUGAUGGAAGUCACAACUGGGUGAUGAUCAUCUACAUUGUCUGUACAGCACAAAUCGUGUUUAUCAUGUUCUUUACAAUUUGUUGACAAGAAUCUGUUAUAAUAAUGUAAAGAUCUGUGCCAUAUGUUUUGUGAAAGGUUUAACUCUGUAGUGAAAAGGUGCUUAAAGUCAGUGUUUGGAUUUCAUAAAUAAUUUUAAUCCUUACAGUUAAACUGUAAGCUGUACACUUCUGUGACAUGUUACUACAGAUAAAGAGAGAAAAGUAGUUUUUUUUUACACUUUUACAAAUAUGCCAAGGGUUUAAUGUCUAAUGCCAUUGCUGUUUUCUCUUUUUGGCCUUUGUCAACAUAUUGGUGACUGUAUAAAGCAAUCCUAGGCCAGUCAUUUAGACAUGAAAAAUGUUAUAUUUAUCCAUCCCUGAGAAAAAUGUAAAUUGUAAGCAAUAUUGCCAAAGGAAACUCAAACCAGUGUACUGUUUACAUAUUGACACGUUCUCAAUACCACAAACAUUGAGAUUGUUUUAAAUUAAAUACAUCAUGUUUCUU